AUGAAUCUAGAGAAUUGUAAGAAAAUCGUGACUGAAAAGAAAGCAUGCUACGCAUGUUUAAAGACUGGACACGGGUCGCGAAAUUGCAAAGCCGUAGUAAAAUGCGCUUUUUGUCAAAGGAGACAUAGUUCGAUGUUGUGUCCGGAAGUAGAGAAGAAUCAAUCGGUGCCCGAAUCUACAUCGAAACUGACACCCAAUCAAACCACACCUUCGAUGUCUAAUAUGCAGUGUUCCGGAGAUGUCAUAUUACAGACUGUGUUCGUGAAUCUGGAAAACAAUGGCGUACGACGAAGAGUACGUCUCGUGUUUGACAGCGGUUGUCAUAGAUCCUAUUUACUCAAGAGCACGGCAGCCAAACUCGGUUUGAAAACUGCCGGAACCGUGAAUAUGUGUCACAUUCUCUUCGGAUGUUCUCGGGAAAUCAGGCAACAUCAGAAAUACCAAGUGAGUAUCGAAAGUUUGGAUGGAUCUGUCAAGACAUCGUUGAUUUUGUUGGACCAGGAAAAAAUCUGCGGGCUAUUGCCGAGAGCUAAUAAGCAGAACGUAAUCGAGGAUCUUAAGCAAAAAAGGAUAUUCGUGAAUGACGUGGGAGAAGGUUCACCGGAGAUUGAGGUCUUGAUCGGAGCUGAUAAUUUUGCAUCGUUGCUCACUGGGAGAAGGAAAAGUUUGAGAUGCGGCUUGAUUGCGCUUGAAACGGCGUAUGGAUGGACUCUGACGGGAGAAUUGAGGAAAUAUGAAUCCAACAGUGCGUCGCUAAUGGUAUUUACUUCCAUGAUGGCCGAGAGUAACGUGACUAACUUGUGGGACUUGGAGCUUAUUGGCAUCCGAGAAUCAGCUCUUCAUAAGUCACAAGCGGAAAGAGAUACAGAAGCCCAGCAACACUUUCUCAAAACCGUUCCGGACAACUUCAAUGCUGCGAAGAAAAGACUCGACGGCACCCUGAGGAGAUUGAAGUCAACAAACAUGGUAGAACAGUACAAUAAAAUAUUCCGAAAAUGGAUCUUGGAGGAAAUUGUAGAGGUAGUGCCAGCAGAAGAGCAAAACAAUCGUGGACAUUAUCUGCCUCAUCGGCCAGUAGUGAAGCCUGGAAGUUUGACGACACCGGUCCGUCCCGUGUUUGAUGCUUCGUGCAAGAGUGGACAUACACCAUCGCUGAAUGAUUGUCUAGCUAAAGGGCCCAAUCUGAUUGAGCUCCUGCCAUCCGUGUUGAAUCGAUUUCGUUGUGGCAAUAUUGGGGUAUCUGCUGAUAUACGGAAAGCGUUUCUGAUGAUCGAGACGGCGGCUGAAGAUCGAGACUUCCUCCGGUUUCUAUGGUGGGAGGAAGGACGUGAAGAACAACUGAUGGUGCUGCGACACAAACGGGUAGUAUUUGGCGUCAAUUGCAGUCCCUUCUUACUUGCUGCCGUAAUCCGAUUUCAUCUCUCUAAUGUAGGCCCAGAAGAACAAGAGGUAGCGGAAAGACUAUUGAAGUCUAUGUAUGUAGACAACGCGCUGACGUCUGUCAACACCGUAGAAGAAUUAAGAUGCUUCAAGAAUGACGCCUGCCGAUUGUUGGCUGAUGCAAAAAUGGAACUACGCCAGUGGGUCUGGACCGCUGGAGAACUAACCGGUGAAGGAAUCUUGAUGACGGGGACAAACGACGUGAACUUGUCCAAUAAGCCUGACAAAAGGGAAAAGGGAUAUACGACCCCAGUGUUUGGCAUGAUCCAAGAAGCUUAUGCAGCGGUCGUGUACCUACGAACCCAAGGGGAUAACAAUGUUUCGGUACAGCUGCUUCAAGCCAAGAGCAGAGUAACUCCUAUUAGGAGGGUCUCUAUACCUCUUCUGGAAUUGUUUGGGUGUGUCCUCGCAGUCAGAUUGACUGUAAGUGUGAAGACAUCGUUGGAACUUGAAGGAAUACCUACCAUUUAUUGGACAGAUUCCACAACAGCUUUGGCAUGGAUUCGCCGCAAUGAUCAAUGGGGUACGCUUGUCGGCAAUCGAGUGAGAGAGAUCCUGUCCUGUACGAGUGUUGAAAAUUGGCGACAUGUUUCUGGGAAUUUCAAUCCCGCGGAUUUGCCGUCAAGGGGGUGUACGGCGAAAAGGCUUAAGGCCUCCAGUUGGUGGAUGGGCCCAGAUUGGUUGAGUGACGUGCCGCAGAGCUGGCCGUCCGUCGAAGAAGAACCAGAUGAAGAAAUUGUGGCUUCUGAGAAGAGAAGAACAGCGAUUGCAUCGAUGAUCAACAUACCUAAAGAACCUAUGUUCGGAGUUAGAUUAGGCAGCUUUGAGAAGAAUGUCCGAGCCAUGGCGUUCAUCUUGCGAAUUGCGACCUGGUGUAAAGCCCAAAAGAAAUCCAAACCACGUUUGUGCGAGGAGUUGACAACUGAAGAACUCAACAAAGGUGAACUGAAACUUAUGUGGUUAGUUCUACAAGAAUCGUUUGAAACGGUGGGAGCAAGUUUCCAUGGACUGGAAGUAUUACUUGGAGAAGAUAAACUGGUGCGAGUCAAGACAAAGCUCGUCCAUCGGAACGACUCAGUAGGCCUUCGUUUCCCAAUUCAGUUUCCAGGAGGUCAUCCAAUAGUGAGCUACUUAAUUCGUUCGAUCCAUCAUCGUUUCUGUCACGCAGGAGUACAAUUCAAGCAAAAACGAGCUGAAGCUACUCCUGGCGCUCUGCCCAAAGAUCGUGUUAAAGACGCUAUGGUUUUUGAAACUACAGGAGUUGAUCUCUGUGGUCCACUGUACCUGAAGACCGGAGAAAAAGUUUGGAUAGUACUUUUCACCUGCGCAGUCUACAGGUGUGUGCAUUUGGAGUUAAUAACUUUGCUUUCGGCCGAAGCUUUUCUAUUAGCUCUACGACGAUUCAUUGGAAGGCGUGAAAAUUUGCUCAACUCCCUGGAUUGGAGAAAGAUUGAACAGGAGACAGCUAUACAACGAAUUUUUUGGAAAUUCAAUCCAGCGGCUGCACCUUGGUGGGGUGAAUUUUGGGAGCGCCUCAUAAGAUUGAUCAAGGAUUUACUAAAACGGAUAUUAGGUAAGGCCCGCCUGACAUACACAGAGUUAACGACCUGUGUGAUCGAUGUGGAGGCGGUUAUCAACCAAAGACCACUGAUCUAUGUGGCCGAAGACGGUGAAGAUCUAGUCCCUCUCACGCCGGCUAUGUUUCUACGUGAGAUUCCCGAGGUAGCCGUCCCGGAUCUCGAUCAGUUGGAGAAGAAUGGUCUUUGA